AUGAAAUCGUCAACAAUCCUUUCCGGCGCCUUGGUGGCCGCCUCUCAGUUUUGCACAGCUCUCGGCGCUACCCCUGUGAGAGCCGAUGGGAUUAGCCAUGUUGUCCGAGCCAAUCUCCAAGUGCCAUCACAACAGCCUGUACCAGGCGCCGAUCGAUCGGCGGGCUGCUGGAGUUCCAAGGGAAACUUGACGGAAACAAGCGGCGUGGACGCGACAAAAGUUUCUUCCGGCUCAUGCAACAUUUUGUGCAAAUCCAAGCAGUUUCCUGUCACGGGACUGCAAGGUGCCAAGUGCUUUUGCGGAAUGCUUUAUCCUCCCGCGGAUGCUGUGGCUCCUGACUCCAAAUGUACUUACGCUUGCCCUGGCUUUGGUAACGAGGCUUGCGGCACUCUUGGAAACCCAGGUUUCUUCAGCCUAUGGAACACUGGUAUCAACAUCGAUCCUCCCAACUAUACGCCUCCAUCAACGACAUCGUCUUCUUCUUCUUCUUCUUCCACCAGCUCGACGUCAUCUGAUGCCGAGAAAUCUUCGGCCGCCGCCAAUCCGUCAAGCCCGGCUACUCAAUCUGCAGAGCCAACUACAUCAGAUGCUCCAUCGGGAGGAAAGAAGACCAACGUUGCUGGUAUUGCUGCGGGCACCGUUGUUGGUGUUGUCGUCCUGGGAGGUCUUUUGGGAGCUGCCUUUUUCACCAUGAGGCGCAGACGGAAUGCCGAAAUUGAGGAGGAACAUCGCCGCAAUGCCGCCGUCAAUGCCUUCAUCAACGGCUCCAAGCCGCCAUCUACCAGUGGUAGCAUUUCCAUGACCGACUCUCGCCUCGACCCCGUCAUGGCCCAUCGCAGGCUCAGUGAUGGCAGUAUUGCAGACAAUGAGGACUACUCUCGUCGUAUCUUGCGGGUCACCAACGCAUAA